AUGGCGGUGCCGCCACGUCGAUGUUUCUCGGACUGCCAGCCACCACUUGACGGUUUCCCCACACAACCCGAGGUGCGGUUUGUGGAGGCUAGCUCUGGCACUUUGGGUUUCACACCACAGCAAUCCCUUAAACUGGGGCUGUCCGCUGCUUGCAAGUGGUUCACUCUGGGCCGAGACCACACUGUCCAGUGGUUCACUCUGGGCCGAGACCACACUGUCCAGUGGUUCACCCUGGGCCGAGACCACACUGUCCAGUGGUUCACUCUGGGCCAAGACCACACUGUCCAGUGGUUCACUCUGGGCCAAGACCACACUGUCCAGUGGUUCACUCUGGGCCGAGACCACACGGUCCAGUGGUUCACUCUGGGUCUAGACCACACUGUCCAGUGGUUCACUCCGGGUCUAGACCACACUGUCCAGUGGUUCACUCUGGGCCUAGACCACACUGUCCAGUGGUUCACUCUGGGCCUAGACCACACUGUCCAGUGGUACACUCUGGGUCUAGAGUACACUGUCCAGUGGUUCACUCUGGGUCUGGACCACACUGUCCAGUGGUUCACCCUGGGCCGAGACCACACUGUCCAGUGGUUCACUCUGGGCCGAGACCACACUGUCCAGUGGUUCACUCUGGGCCGAGACCACACUGUCCAGUGGUUCACUCUGGGUCUGGACCACACUGUCCAGUGGUUCACUCUGGGUCUAGACCACACUGUCCAGUGGUUCACUCUGGGCCUAGACCACGCCCCCCAGAGGUUCACUCUGGGCCUAGACCACACGUCGCAACAGCUGGGAACUCUGCUCUGUGCGGGCUCAAAGCUUCAGCAGAUCAAAUGCAACCUGGAGACACACGAGGGAAGCGGACAAGUGUGUGCACUGGGGGGAAGAGACUCAGUUACUCGUGCAAGCGGGGAACUCGCUGACACGCUUACACCGGGGAGAGGCUUUUGGCCCGCGGGAAGGUUCUGCAGGCCCCUGAAACACCAGACCGUCCACACCGGGGAGAGGCCCUUCACCUGCUCCGAGUGCAGGAAGCGCUUCACCAGCUCGUCCCACCUGCUGGAGCACCACCGCAGCCGGAGUGACGAGAGGUGCUUCACCUGCUCCAGGUGCGGGAGGAGGUUCAGGAGGUACGCGGAGAGGCUGGAGCACCAGCUGGUGCACACCGGGGAGAGGCUGUUGGCCCGCGGGAAUGUUCUCCAGGCCCCUGAAGCACCAGCUGGUGCACACCGGGGAGAGGCCCUCCAGCUGCGCCGUGUGCGGGAGGGGAUUCACGCAGGCCUUCCUCCUGCUCAGGCACCAGCGCGUCCCCAAGUGCCGCCACGGGUGGGCCGGGACGCCUGUCCCUGUGCUGUACGUUUACAUGUUAGAGGCAAGUCGUCGGGCAGAAAAGUCUGGAAAGUGUUCAACCGGAGUUGUCCACGGUUCUCUCCCCGCCAUGAUGCUGCUGGACUCACUGUGAGACUGUCUAUUGCUCUAGAUCCUGGCGCUCUGCCGUGUUUCUAUGAGCCUUUGAGCCUCAGGCCAGUGGGAGCAGAGUCUUUGAACAACGAAGUAGAUUUCGCAUUUGAAGAUAGACGGAGGCAAUGCAGUACAGCGAGUAGAGGAGUUUAUUGUGCAAUGGGAGCGUACCUGGUGAUAAUAACCAGCACGGAACGACAGCACUGUUCCCUCUAAACUGCGCGGAUGGGCGGCCACGCUGGAGCUGAAGUUUUCAGGCCGGGUAGAGAUUUUCCUGCUCAGAGCAACGGUGGUGCAGAGAUCGCAGAGCAGCCUGAGCAGUGUAGAAAGAGGAGCAGGAAGUGGCAGUAACGGGCAGAGGCUGAGACCACUGGGAAGGGGGUGUGAGAGAGGUGACUGGUCUGCAAGUCUGAUCUCAGCGGAGAGAAACUGUUCUAACCUUUCUUUACAUUGUGUCGCCAAACCAAUACCUUCUAUUUGCAAUGUCUCAGACGCCCGUGGUUCCUCUUUCGGCGAUCCGCCCAUCGAGGGGCUGUUCCACAGCACCCAACUCCCCCACUCUCCAGGACCCUUCCUUCCCCACAGAGACUUCGAGUUCGCCGCGCCCUUCUGCAGUCUGCACUGGGUCAGCAGGACACGUUCACCUUCGGACACCCCACUGUGCGGAACACCAGCAAGUUUCAGUGUCUUUCACUGACUUGAUAACCUUGAUGUGUCUGACUGGGUGACUCUGCAAAUCAGGAUGAAUCUCCGCUGGGACCCUUGUAUCUCUGUCCUGCCUUUCUGUGCAACUACCCAGCA